CGACCGAGGAUGUAACGAUAAAAACAACUCGCGUGCGUGCGUGCGUGUUCUGUGUCUAAAAGCGAAGCGGGGCACCGUGAGCCGGCGACCGCGGCGCAGCGAGUCUGUAGGAGAGCGAAGCUUCCGCCGCAGCAGAGAUGGACGGCGUGCUGGAUCCCUUCUCGGCACUCGACUCGUUCUCCUCCCCCCCUUACUUCAACGAUGACGACUUUUUCACCGACCAAUCGUCGAGGGACGGCAACUUGGAGCCGGAGGACCUGUUGGACGACGACGUGGAUUUCUUCGCCGGCCACUUGCAAGACUUCUACGGCAAGGAGGGCGGGGGCGGCGGCCCCGCCGACGACGAGCGCGACCUCGGCAACCUGUCCUUCUCGUCCCGCUCGUCCACCUUCUCCUACAGCUGCGCCGACAGCAUCGCGCAGCUGUCGCCUCGCGGCGGGCCGCUGCUGAAGAGGCGGCGGAGGACGAGGUCCGAUGUGGAGAUGCAGCAGCUGCGGCAGGCUGCCAACAUCCGGGAGCGGCGGAGGAUGCAGUCCAUCAACGACGCCUUCGAGGGGCUGCGCUCGCACAUCCCCACCUUGCCCUACGAGAAGAGACUCUCCAAGGUGGACACGCUUCGCCUGGCCAUCGGCUACAUCAACUUCUUGGCCCAACUGGUGCAGUCCGACCUGCCCAUCCGCAACUCCGGCGGCGGCGGUGGCGACGCGCACGCUCAGCCGAGGAAAAUCAUCAUCUGCCACAGGGGCACAAGGUCCCCCUCCCCGAGCGACCCCGACUUCGGUCUCCCCCCGCUGGCCGGCCACUCCCUCUCCUGGUCGGAUGAGAAGCAACUUCGGGACCAGAAUGUGAUCCGCACGGCCAAGGUCUGGACCCCGGAGGACCCCCGAAAACCGCACCACAAAUCGCUCCUCGCGGAUAUCGAGAACGAGCCCCCUUUCGGCCUGGUGGCCUAAAAACUCUCAACGCCGAAACCGAGCCAACGUUAGACGACCGGUGAGCGGAUCGGAGAAGGAAGCCUUGUCAAAACGCCACCGGACAUUCUGAUAUUGUCGAUGUUGUGUGCACAAGUGUAUGCAUGUGUUUGUAUGUUUUUUAAUUCAGACUACUGGCAAUCGUCUAUUUAACGUUUGUAAUAAUAUAUGAUGUAAUUUAAUUGCGAGGAAUGGGAUGCUAUUUAUUUUUCUAUCCUGAUGAGGAAUUAUUUUUCUAUCCAAUCGAUUAAAGCAAGCAAGAAAGAAGCCGCGCGUCUUGCGCUUGUGUGCCUUGUGUACCAAAGUUUGCAUGUGUGCGGGCUCGC